AUGUAUUACUCUUUUGAUUUUAUUGCAAAAGUAACACGAUUGUGUAUUGAAGAAAUACGUCAAAGAGGCUUUCAAGAGCGUAAAAUAUUUCGUAAAACAGUGCCAAACUAUGGACUGUUUAUCAAGAUAUUCAAUAAGCGAGACUUUACUGCCAACGACCUAUCCUAUGUCGACAUUCACUCCGUGGCUACUUUGAUGCAGGUAGCGCUUUGGUCUACACCGGACAGAAUCAUUUCAAAAAAAGCUUGGAGAAAGAUCAAUUACGAGACUUGUACAUUAUCCAAUCUAUCUUCUAUUAUCCCUAACAAAAGUCAACAACUCUUGAUUGAAAUUCUAGACUUUCUCGUCGAAUUAUUACAACAUAAACAUGUCAAUCUUAUGGACGCUUACAAAUUAGGUGACUCGUUAGGUAAAGUGGUACUAGGGCCAAGUGAUUGCAGUCAAAUAAUGGAAGAAAAGUCGGGGCACUUUUUAACUCGUUUGAUCAUUGAACAUGCUAAAAUCACAAGCCGUAAAAGUGCGCAAUCGGGAUUGUCAUACUCUCGAACGGAUUCAGGUUAUGACAUGUCCUCUGUUUAUUCGAGCGUUAAUUAUAUGGAAUAUCAACCACUGUGUAAGACGGAGGGAACAAGAGCAAGGGCAAAGUGCUACAGUCGUAUCAUUGCCAAGAUAAACAGAAAUUCGUCUGAUUGGGUUGAAAAUGCUGAUGGUAUUCAGAGCAUGAUGGAUAAUGACUAUGAUAUCGUACCAGAACCUCCAGAAAAGCCUUGGAUAUCUAUCUUUGUCUCUCCAGAUUCACUUAGGGCAACUGACAAAGAUAUGAGGGUAUCGUCUUCGCUGUAUCGUAUAUUGAACGAGGCCGUAAAGGCACCGGCCGUGGUACCUGAAGAUCCUUUUGAAGCAUCUUUCUUGUUUAACAAAACCAAGGCAUGCUAUGCAGAGCAUCAAAUUCAUGAAGCAUUCAAUCAGUUUCUUCAGCUCCAAACUCGCACAGAUCAGCUUACAUCUAAUAAUAUAGAGGAUAAAGCAAAUCCUUUGAGAAAGCUAAAUAGCUCUCUUUCUAAUUUGAAAUUGAAUAUAAGAAGAUACCGCUCAAGGGUGGAUCUAUUGGAAGAUAGUGCCAUCAGUGAAGACACGGUCAUUAAUGAAAGUAACGUCACUGAUUCAGAAAAUAUAAACAUGCAUCGACAUCAGCAUCACAUUCAUUAUGUACAGCAACAACAACAACAACAACCUAGCCAUAAUCAUCACCACCAGCACAAGUCUGGUCUAUCCAACAUGAAAGGUGCAAUGAGAAAGAUGGCUAAAAUAGCCGGAGACAGGAAAAUUAGUAAAAUCUUGAUAUAA